UGCCGGUCUUUUGGCCCCAGCGACUCGCCAUCGCCUGUGCGGAGGCGUUCACUAGUUGGGGUGAUGGCUACUGGAACGCCGGAUUCGCAGGCGCGAUUCGGCCAGUCUGUGAAGGGGCUUCUCACAGAAAAGGUGAACACCUGUGGUACUGACGUGAUCGCGCUCACCAAGCAGGUGCUGAAGGGCUCCCGGAGCUCCGAGCUGCUGGGUCAGGCAGCUCGAAACAUGGUACUACAGGAAGAUGCCAUCUUGCACUCAGAAGAUAGUUUAAGGAAAAUGGCAAUAAUAACAACACAUCUUCAAUACCAGCAAGAAGCUAUUCAGAAGAAGUAAGUAGCCCCAAAGUGUUGAGCAGUCAUCAGAUCUACAGGACCAGUUGAAUCAUCUGUUGAAAUAGAACGGCUUAUAAGAGGGCUAAAGCACUGAUGCUGAGGAGGCAAUAUCUUACACAGCCAUUGUGCUGUGGGUUUGGUUUUCCAUCUUCUCCUCCAAAAGUUAAAUGAGAAACGAUUUGUGGUGAUGUCUAGUUUCUCCUGCAAAGAAGCUAGGUGCUUGAAUUCUGGAAGCACUUCUUGAAUUGGACUAACUCAUGCCCUUAUUGAGUUUUUAAGUUGCUCUGUUUAGUUUGAUAUUAAAGCAAAAUUAAAAGAUGUCUUAGAACUUUAAUAUGUCAAAAGCCAUAUUGUCUGAAUGUGAUCCUUAAGCAAAUACUGAGUAAUGUUUUAAAUUCACAAAUAGAGCUUCUUUUGUGAACACAUAAGAAUGAUUAAUUUGCUUUUUAGACUUUUUUUCUUUUAAUCAUACAUUCAGAAAAUAUUUUAAUUUCAUGGUCACAGAAUGGUGAUAGGUAAUACCUUUUGUUUUCUUUUCUUUUCUAGUAGUUCAGAAGAGAUACUUGUUUUAUUCAUUGUAGCAAAUUCCCAAGUGAAAAUUAGGCAAAUGGUAUCAUAUCCGGGCAGCUGCAACCUCCUGCCUUGACCUGCAUUCCUAGUGUUUCUUUGUUGUUGUGACUCUUGAUUAAGUGGCCUUGAGUUCAUUUUGUAAUUUUGCUAAUCAUCAGCAAAUUCACUUGUAUGACAUUGUUGCCAAAUGCAAAGGCAGCUGAAUUCCUGUAAUUGCAGUGUAGGGUUGUGCCAUAGUGGAAACCUUAUGUUUGUAGACAUUUACCUCUGUUCAUUGAAUGCAUCUUGUUAAAUGGCAUUACCAUUGUCUCCUGUGAAGUCUGAAUAUCUUUAACUUUGUUUGAAUUUAAAACUGUUCUAGUUCAGUUCUUAA